AUGCAGGAAUUUCUCCCCUGCUACAUGUCAGAUUCCAACACAACCAACUUCAUAAACCCCUCCACCUUCAUCCUGCUGGGCAUUCCUGACCUGCAGAUGGCCCAAGUCUGGAUCUCCAUACCCUUCUGCACCAUGUAUGCCAUAGCCAUCUUGGGGAACUUCAUCAUCCUGUUCAUUGUGAAGAGGGAGACGAGCCUCCACGAGCCCAUGUACUAUUCCCUCUGCAUGCUGGCCAUCACCGACCUGGUCCUGUCCACUUCCACUCUACCCAAAAUGCUGAGCAUCUUCUGGUUCAAUUCUAGGGAGAUCAAUUUCAGUGCCUGCCUCACCCAGAUGUACUUCAUUCACUGCUUCUCAGUGAUGGAGUCUGGGAUUUUCGUGGCCAUGGCUUGGGAUCGCUACGUGGCCAUCUGUGAUCCCCUGAGACAUUCCAUUAUCCUGACAAACCCCAUGGUGGCCAAGAUCAGCCUGGCUGUGGUGUUGCGCGGUAGCAUGCUCGUACUGCCCUAUCCCUUUCUGGUGAGGCAGUGGCCAUAUUGCAGAACCAACAUCAUCCCUCACACCUACUGUGAGCACAUAGCCGUGGUGAAGCUGGCCUGCACAAACAUCCGCAUUAGUAGUUACUACGGCCUCUUUUUGGCAUUUUUGGUGACCGGUCUGGAUGUAUUUUUUAUCGCUGUGUCCUAUAUCCAGAUCCUCAGGGCCAUCUUCAGCCUCCCCACAAAGGAUGCCCGGCUGAAGACUUUUGGGACCUGCAGCUCCCACCUCUGUGUCAUCUUAAUCUUUUACAUUCCAUCUCUCUUCUCCUUCCUCAUGCACCGGUUUGGGCACAAUUUGGCCCUGCAUUUACACAUUCUCAUUACCAAUGUGUACCUCCUGGUGCCCCCCAUGCUAAAUCCCAUCAUCUAUGGGGUGAGGACCAAACAGAUCUGGAACAGGCUGCUCCAACUCUUUACUCAUACAGGGACCUAAAGAUUUUUCUCC